CGCUUUCCCCCGGCGGGGCGGCCUGUCAGGGCUGCUGCGCGGUGGCUGCCGGCGGGCGGCGUGGGUCCCGGCGGGGCGCCGGAGGCCGCUCUCCCAGGGACCGCGGCGUCGGCCGGGGCGGGGCUGCGGGACCUGACGCCGGCGGGAGCCGAGGAGUCCUGGGCGCUGGCGGCGGGGCGCGGGAUGGCGCGGGCGGCACAGGAUGUGAACUUUGAGGACGUGGCCAUUGUCUUCUCUCAGGAGGAGUGGGGGCUCCUUGAUGAACCUCAGAAACUUCUCUACUGCGAUGUGAUGCUGGAAGUUUUUGCACUUGUAUCAUCUAUAGGUUGUUGGCAUAAAAGAGAUGAUGAGGAGGCCAAUUCUGAGCAGAGUGUAUAUGUACCAGGAGAGUCACAGGUCGGGGCUUUUAAGGCAGCUCCAGCAACCCAGAAGACCCAUCUUUGUAAAUGGUGUUUCUCAGUUUUAAAAGAUAUUUUGCACCUGACUGAGUUACAAGCAGCAUUCUUUAAUAAGAAAGCCUUCUGCACUGACACAUGUUUGAGCUACAACUGUUUCAGUGCAAACCCUCACCAGCAACAGAGAGAUGCCAGUGGACAGAAGCCCUGGAAAGAAGAUAUGGACAGGGCCUCACUUGUGUCCCAGUGCAGCUUUUACUUAAUAUGGGUGCCUUCAACCACUAGGGAGAUUGGGAAAGACUUUCCAGCCAUCUCAGACAUUCUCCAGCACCAGGAUACUUUUAACACUGCGGAGCCACACAAUGGUAAUGAGAUUCCACAGGAAUUUCUCAGUGGAAGAAGUCAUGACGAGUUGGGUGCAUGUGAAAAAGCUGCCAGCCACAACCAGAAAGUUAUUCAACAUCAGGGUGUCUGCUCUAGAAAAGUGAAUUAUGAGUGUAACAAAUGUGGGAAAGCUUUUAGAGAAAUCUUAAACCCCAUUCAUCAUAGAAGAGUUUACACUGUAGGAAAACCAUACGAGUGUAGUGAUCAUGGGAAGUCUGUCAUCCUGAGGUCCAAACUCAUUCAACAACACCAAGUCCACACUGGAGAAAAGCCGUAUGAGUGUCAUGAUUGCAGGAAGUCCUUCAAUCAAAACUUUACCGUCACUCAACACCAGAGAGUUCACACUGGAGAAAAGCCGUAUGAGUGUCCUGAUUGCAGGAAGUCCUUCAGGCAAAGCAGUACCAUCACUCAACACCAGAAAGUUCACACUGGAGAAAAACCUUAUGAGUGUAGUGAAUGUGGUAAAUCUUUUACCCGCAACAAUCACCUCCUUAUCCACAAGAGAGUUCACACUGGAGAAAAGCCAUAUGAGUGUAUUUACUGUGGGAAGUCAUUUACACACAGGUCUGCCCUCACUCAACACCACAGAGUUCACAGUGGAGAAAAGCCGUAUGAGUGUAGUGACUGUGGGAAGUCAUUUUCACACAGUUCUACCCUCACUCAACACCAGAGAGUUCACAGUGGAGAAAAGCCAUAUGAGUGUAGUGACUGUGGGAAGUCAUUUACACACAGUUAUACUCUCAUUCAACACCAGAGAGUUCACAGUGGAGAAAAGCCAUAUGAGUGUAGUGACUGUGGGAAGUCAUUUACACACAGUUAUACCCUCAUUCAACACCACAGAGUUCACAGUGGAGAAAAGCCUUAUGAUUGUAGUGAUUGCGGGAAGUCCUUCCGCAAAAGGUCUACCCUCAAUGAACACAACAGAGUCCAUACUGGGGAAAAGCCAUAUGUGUGCAGUGAUUGUGGGAAGUCCUUUAGGCAACGCAGUAACUUCACUCAACACUGGAGAGUUCACACUGGUGCAAAACCUUAUAAGUGUAGUGAAUGUGGUAAAUCUUUUACCUGCAAUAAUCACCUCCUUAUCCACAAGAGAGUUCACACUGGAGAAAAGCCAUAUUAGUGUAGUGACUGGGAAGUCAUUUAUGCACAAGUAUACCCUCAUUCAACAUCACAGAGUUCACAGUGGAGAAAAGCCAUAUUAGUGUAGUGAUUAUGGGAAAUCAUUUAUGCAAAUCUCUACCCUAGUUCAACCUCAGAGAGUUCACCCAGGACCGUGGUCAGCAAACUGAGGCUCGUGAGCCACAUGUGGCCCUUUGGCCCCUUGAGUGUGGCUCUUCAUAAGCCUUAGGAGUACCCUAAUUAAGUUAAUAACAAUGUACCUACCUAUACAGUUUAAGUUUAAAAAACUUGGCUCUCAAAAGAAAUUUCAGUCAUUAUACUGUUGAUAUUUGGCUCUGUUGACUAAUUAGUUUGCCGACCACUGACCCAGGAGGAAAGCCCUAUGAGUGUUCUGAUUGUGGGAAGUCCUUCAGUAAAAGCAGUAACCUCAGUCGACACAAGAGAGUUCACAGUGGUAUAAAACCUUAUGAGUGUAGUGACUAUGAGAAAUGUUUUAGUCGGAAACAUAGCUAAACACGUAAUACUUCACAUUACAGAGAAGCUUUAAAUAUGCAGGGAAUUUUUUUCCCCCACUCAGAAUUACAACACUGAAGGAGACUCCUACAGACCCAUUUUGCUGAUUUUAAACCCUUUUUAUCAGAACAUACAUUGUGCUAGAUUCCUCAUAAGUUUCAGGUAUAAGUGAGCCUUUAAAGUGUUACAUUGCACUUGCUGUCAUGCACAGGCCUACUACCCCAUUGAUGUCACAGUGAGUAUAUGUGGCUGCAGUGAAUUCACCUCUACCACCUGGUUCACCUGAACUGUGCCUCUGGGGGGAAGUCAUUUAUGCAGUUCUCAAUCCUCAUUCAACAUCAGAGUUUAGACUGGAGAAAAGCUAUAUGUAUGUAAUGAUUGUGGGAAGUCUUGCAUGCUCAGAAAAAAUGAAAUCUGCGUUCUUCUGUUUGAGGAAAUGAUGAGUACUCUGAGCUCUUAGGAUCUUCACUCCUAUUUCUCUGACUAAGGAAUGGACCAUUGUUUCCCCCAGACCAGAAUCCUAAGAUGUGCUACGCCUUUCAGGACAUUGUGCUUCUCACAUUGUGCUGUGAUGAAUUUUUUCAGGUAGUUAUUCACCAACAUGCAAACCACUUGCUGUGUAUGGCAAUGGUUUAUGAUCUUUUUGUAAAGGUGUUUGGUUUUUUUUGCAAUUUGUACCUUUAAUUUAUUGGUUCUAUUCUCUGCCUGGGAUGAAUUGAAAGCACACUUGUGAUCUGUCAGCAGGUAGAGGGGAAGAGAUAUUGUGGGGAUCCCAAACUUUCAGUGCUUCUGAAGGGACAACAUGAUGGCAGAAAAUCACUCUUUGUCCAGUAUGUGCUUGUUUUGCAUUUCUGCCCAAAGUCUUGAAAGCAAGACUGUAGGACUUCAUAGUUCUAAUUUGCAGCCUGGUGCUUCUAUUAUUGGUGAGGUCAAAGGUCACCCUGAGGAGGAGGUCUUUAUUGUGCUUCUAUGAAGCACUUUGUUCACAGUGUGUAUGACAGAAGUCUCAGCUAAUAACCCAUAUGCUGUGAUGUACUAAAUUUCAUAGGCUGGUGUCAUUUGUUAGGAUCUGAGGAUUAGGUACAACCUCAAUUAGGACAGAAGCACUGUUUCCAUAGUGAGUGGGAGAGACUGCAGUAAAUUUGAAAAAUGCCUCUUCUGAAUGUGUUCCACAAAUGUUUCAGGGCCUUGCAUGAUGUUUGUGUACAGACAUUCUCAGGACGUCCAUAACUGUUUCCUGUGGCUGAAAUCAUUGGCAGAUAAAAUAAUCUUAUGCUUUUGUUGAUUCUGCUGACUCCUCUAGGGUGUUCACUUCAAGGAUGAUGCUGAACAGGCAAUACCUCAAAGGUAGAGGAAGGAUAAUCCUGUAAUCAAUCCCUGGAUGUGUUUUGUAACCGGUCAACAUUUCUGUUUAUUCUGAUGGCAAUAGUGUGAAUUGCUUACUAACAUUACCUGCCACUGAGGCAAGGCUGUUCCUCCCAGGAUGUAAGAACUGACAUGCUGCCGGGCCAGUGUGGCUUAGUGGUUGACCUAUGAACCAAGAGAUCAAGGUUCGAUUCUCAUUCAGGCACAUGUCCAGGUUGCAGAUUCUAUCCCCAGUGUGGGGUGUGCAGGAGGCAGCCAAUCAAUGAUUUUCUCUCAUAACUGAUUUUUCUGUCUCUCCCUCUCCCUUCCUCUCAGAUCAAUAACAAUAUUUUUUUAAAAAGAAGAACUGACAUACAACAAACUGCACUUUUCUAAUGUGUGCUAUUUGGUGAGCUUUGAUGUACAUUUAAAGUUAUGAAAGUGUCAUAUAUGAAACAAACAUGUGUUUCAAUAUAUAUGGUGGAGCAAAAAUAGGUUUACAGUUGUGAGCACCCAAAACACAGUUUAUUGUUUUUAAAAAAUAUUUUAUACAUUACUUUUAUUCUUUUAGGGAAAUGGCAGGGAGGAUAACAUCUAUAUGAGAGACAUACAUUAAUCAGCAUGCCCCCUACUGUGGUUUAAGGAGGACAUGUUUCCCUACCAGAUCUGGUGAUCUUUAAGUGUAGGGGAUGAUGCCCAACCGAUUGAGCAACACUGGCCAGGGCAGAGUAAAUUAUUUUUAUUUGUUAAAUAUUGUACUGAUUUCCAUACCAAAAAGUCGAAACUUUCUUUUGGCACACCCUAUAUUUACCUCCUGCCCUUUUAUAAUCUCUCCCUCUGCCUUCCCCAGUCCUCUUGCAGGCAUUGAUUUUCCUUCCAUUACAACAUAUUAGUUCAUAAUUUUUUAAUUUUAUAGGCACUAUAAUGUCUGUACUCUAACAAAUAUUGGUUUCCUUCAUGCUGCACAGUUAUUUUCAGAUUCCACACAAACGCUUAUGUGAAUAGUUUUUUACUGCUGAGUAGUAUUGUGAUCUGUGAAUUACCACUUUAUCUAUUGGUCUGUCUAAGAUUCUGGUCAUUUACAGGGUUGGGGUUUUAUAAAUAAAUCUGCUGGGAAUGUUUGCGUUCACUUCUCUAUAGAGAUAUAUGUUUUACUGAUCACAAUGUUAUUGUGUGGGUGAAUGUUUACAUUUUAAGAUAUGUGGAACUGUGAUCUAAAAUGGUUAUUCCCUUUGCCCUCCCACCCCACCCACAGUAAUGAAUAUUCCAGUUUUUCUGCAACCCUACCAGCACAUGCAAUGGUUAAUCUUUUUAAAUACUAACAUGAUGAGUAUAGUAUUAACUCACUUCCUUUUUAAUUCUAUGUACUUAAGAAUUUUUGAUGGUGAGCAUUUUUUCAUACAUUUAUUUACACUGUAUUUAUCACAUUUGUUUUAAAAUGAAUGUAUUACCUGGAGAGGAUUAUGUUGAGCAAAAUAAGGCAGUAAGAGAAUGAGAAGUAUCACAUGAUCUUACUCAUUUGUGGAAUGUAAUAAACAACAUAAAUUCAUGAACAGAAGUAGAUCAGGAAACAUAGAGUCAUCAAAGAGACCUUCAUAUCUCAGAGUGAAGGUAGGAGAGGGUGGGCGGGGGAGAAAGGGACUAGCUUAAGAACUUGUAUGCAUAUAAGCGUAAUCAUUGAACACAGACAAGAGGGGGGUGAAGGCCUGGACUGAAGAGGCCAAUGGGGGGGUGGGGGGAAACACAACAUAUGCAAUGCUUUCAACAAUAAAGAAUUUUAAAAAGUAAAAUGAAUGUAUUAAUUUAACCAAUAGGAGGACAGUGCACAAUUUAGGACAUGUUUGAAGUUCACUCAUUUCUCAGUGACUACAAUUACUUCUUUGCUCUAUGGAACCAGAGGUUUAAAUAUUGGAAUGGAAUUUUUUUUUCUCAAUUUUUAACCCAUGCAGAAUUUAAAUGCACUUGUACCAUACACUUAUAGAUGUGAUUUGCAUUGGUAACAUUCUCCACCAAACUUAAUAAGUCUAAGGAUUCAAUAAUGCAUUAAGUCAGCAGUUCUCAACCUGUGGGUUGCGACCCCUUUGGCAGUCGAACGACCCUUUCACAGGGAUUGCCUAAGACCAUCCUGCAUAUCAGAUAUUUACAUGAUGAUUCAUAACAGUAGCAACAUUACAGUUAUGAAGUAGCAACGAAAAUAAUUUUAUGGUUGGGUCACAACAUGAGGAACUGUAUUUAAAGGGCCAGAAGGUUGAGAACCACUGCAUUAAGUGCAGUCUACAUUUGUAAUCUUUGUUAAUAUCCCUGAUGUAAAUACUCACAUUGUUUUGAAGUUCAAACUGCCAAAAUAAUGUCACUGAACAUGGACAUGAUAAGAUAUUUCAGUAGCACAUCAUUAUAUUUUAUUGCCAACAUGCUGAUACAGCAGUACCAAAUAUGCUCAAGAACUUUCAUAAGCCCUGACCGGUUUGGCUCAGUGGAUAGAGCGUCGGCCUGCGGACUGAGGGGUCCCAGGUUUGAUUCCGGUCAGGGGCAUGUGCCUUGGUUGCGGGCACAUCCCUGGUGGGGGGUGUGCAAGAAGCAGCUGAUCGAUGUUUCUUUCUCAUCAAUGUUUCUGACUCUCUGUCCCUCUCCCUUUCUCUCUGUAAAAAAUCAAUAAAAUAUAUUAAAAAAGAUGGAAUUUGCGUUUUAAAAAAAAGAACUUUCAUAAAACAGUAAAAUUAUUGUGAAGCAUCAAGUUUAAAUCUUUUUUAAAGUUUGAUUCAAGUAGAAUUGAUUUAAAAUGAACAUUAAGAAAAAAACCUGCUUUUGAUGUUUUCAUACAUCCCUGCAUCGCUGAAACCAAGUUCCUCUGGCCCUUAUCCGUGCUUCAUUCUUGGUAUAUAAAAUAACUGAUGCAAUAAUAUAACCUGCCUUUGAAACAGCUUAUUUGAAAUAUCCUAUUCUAGCCUUCCGCCACUAUGUCUUCAUGAUGGUUUUUUUGUAUCUAUAUAUUAUCAGGUAUAUUACUGGAUUAUUUUAUUUAAAAUUACACAUAUGUCUGAUCUCACAGUGGUUCAGAGAAUCAUCUCAAUAAUGCCAAGAUUGCAAGUUUUAUCCCCAGUCAACUAAAAAAAUGUAUAAAAAUAGUCGAACAAAAUAUGGGUCUUUCUCUCUCUCUCUCUCUCUCUCUCUCUCUCUCUCUCUCUCUCUCUCUCGUAUUUGUUUGAAUCACCCAGUCACUACACACACACACAUGAAAAGCAGCACAGCCCAUGGACGCUGUGGUAACAAGUAGCCAGGAUUCUCAUGAGGGCAGACCAUGCAAUGACCCAGAGGACAGUGUGGGAAGUGCCGUUGCUGUCAUUGUAUCCGGUGGGGAACCUGAGCGGAGCUGCACAAUCACAGGGAAUGAUGACAAUGUGAUCCCAGAGACUAAAAGCAAAGCAACCAGGAGAUGCCCUUGAUGUUGACGCUGGGCUUUUUAGUAUUCAGGUGGUUGAGAAAUCCAGAUUCCUCUCGGGUGUCAAGGCUGGGAGCAGCAGUGGCAGCUAGACAGGUGGG